UCCGCCCGCGCGUCAAAACCCUAGCCGCCAGCCCUGCGCCCACUCUGCCUGGUUCUCCUCCCCGCUCGCUCCAUCCUUUCCCAUGUCGUCGCUCCUCUUCUCCUGUCUCUCAUCGGCUGCCUCCUCUCCUCCCCGCAUCGUUGGCCCCCUCCCUCCUCCUCCCUCCUUUGUCCUCACAGCCGACCAUCUCCGUCACUUGGGCCCCAUGGCAGCGGCCGGGUCUUCCAGCCGGGAUUUAGAUGAGGAAAAGGCAAAAUCGAGCGUCUCGAUGGUGCCAUGACUGAUGCACAGCGACGACUAGCGUCUGUGAGCGCCACACAUGGUGCAGCAGGCUCGGAGGGCAGCGGGUGCGUCAGGCUCGGCAAGCAGCGGGUGCGGUGGUCAAGGCUAGGGGCGCGGAUUGGGGAGAUGCGCACACGAGGAGCGACGGCGACCACGUCUGCCGCCAACACCGAGCUGCCGGAGGGGAAAGAGCAGAGGAUCCGAGAGGCGAAGCAACCGGGGGAGCCGGAGAACACGACCCCUGUCCUAUGUACGGCCAUAUCCCCCACGGAUUCUACAAGGACCAGAUGCAAGGUUUCUUUCAGGAGCUUGGGGCUAUUAAGAAGAGGGUCAGUAUUGUCUGGAACCGCAAGAUGAAGUUGGUGGUUCAUGGAGACCCAAGGUGCACUGACAGAAGAUAUCAGAGGAGCAGAGGAAAAUGCAAGUGUGUAUGCGUGUGUGUGAAAAAUUAUUGCCUUAACUCAAGAUCAGCUCUUCGUUCUUUCAAGCGCUAUGUUGCUUACUCAAAUGUUUGUGGCGAUUUCGUUGUUGGCUGGAAGACAUCUUCAAUACGCCGUCAACACGAGCUUCCCAAGAUGAUCACUCUAUCGGAAGUAACACUCAAAAGCCUGAAUAGAAUUCCUUGGGAAAGGGUAGAUGUUAGCUUCAAGAGAAGUAGACAAUGGAUUUUUGCCCAUAGCACCAUUCAGGUAUGUUAUGAACCCCAUUACCUUGGUAAUAGUUUUCCUGGUGUUACUUAAUUAUCCCCUGGUAUAUUCUGUUGUCUCCAUACAUGUUAAUCUGAUAACAUAUACAAAGGCUGUGUAGGUAAUGGCAUAGCAGAUUUUAGUUUCAUGAUCUUACUUAAAUGUAGUUCUGGCGAUAGAUAGCUUUACACUAUCCGUCAUGUGCAUGGCUGUCGAAGUACAUCAUCGUUAUGAUGUGUAUGGUUUCUCUAU